AGAGAAAGCUCCAGUGCCACGUUUUUUGCCGAGCAAUAACAACACCACUUCCGUUACCAAAAGGAAAAAAGAAAGAAAGAAAGAAAUGGAAUGUUGUUGACAGAAAAUCGUCUUCCCCAUCGCCGGCACCGCCGAAACGCCCUUCGCUGUCGCCGCCAAGCUCGCCUCGUCCCCUCCUUCCGCCGAACCACGCCUGGAGAUCUCUCUCGUGGGCAUUCUUUCUCGUCCUCUCUAUUGGUAGCGAGUGAAGACCUACCCGGACGCGAUUCUUCUUCUUGCCGGAUCUUUCUCCCUGACCCCAUUCUGUUGACAGGAGAGCACCCUUCGGCGAUUAAGGAAUUUGUUCAGAUAGUGACUUGUUUCUUUUGCCUGCUCCUUCUCUGAAACCUGAAUCCCACGCAUACGUAACUUAGGCUGAAGAAGUAGUGCCAAAUUCUACAUUCGUAUUUGGUACUCCCUCUGUAAACUAAUAUAAGAGCGUUUAGAUCACUAAAAUAGUAAUCUAAACGCUCUUAUAUUAGUUUACAGAGGGAGUAUUAUAUAAGACGUAGUGGAAUGAUCCUUUGGGAGAAUGGAAGGCAAUAACCUGCCACCUGGAAACUUUAUGCAAGGAGCAACUUAUGGCAGUUCAGACUUGCACCGGAAUCCCAUGCAAAUGCACGGUCCAAGCUCCGAUAAUCCGGGCUUCAACCACUCUCAGAUACCUGGCAAAUUCCCCAUGCCUAUGAACCAGGUUACAGCUUCUGACCACUUGUCGGAAUUUCAAUUCAGAGAACAAAGGAAGGCUGAUCACCACCAGGUCCACCACCACCACUAUCCCAAGAAGGACUCCAUGAGCGAUGAUGAGGAGCAUGGUCUGAACGAGGAUACCACUGAUAGCCACAGCGGCAAGGGAAAGAAGGGCUCAGCAUGGCAGCGGAUGAAGUGGACUGAUUCAAUGGUUAAGCUUUUAAUUACUGCAGCGUCCUACACUGGUGAGGAUCCAGGAGCUGAUUUAGGAUGUGGAAGGAGGAACUGUGCAAUGGUGCAUAAGAAAGGCAAGUGGAAGGCAAUAUCAAAGGUGAUGGGCGAGCGAGGUUGCAAUGUGUCACCGCAGCAGUGCGAGGAUAAGUUCAAUGACCUCAAUAAGAGAUACAAAAGGCUUACAGAUAUCCUUGGUCGGGGUACAACUUGCAAGGUUGUGGAGAAUCCAGCACUUCUGGAUCGCAUGGAUAAUCUCUCUGACAAGUUGAAAGAUGACGCAAGGAAGAUACUGAGCUCAAGGCACUUAUUCUAUGAGGAGAUGUGCUCCUACCAUAAUAAUAACCGGAUUAGUUUGCCUGAAGAUCCUGCACUUCAGCGUUCACUGCAGUUUGCUCUUAGGUGCAAAGAGGAAAAUGAUAUGAUGAGAGGAGCAAGUGGAGAUGCCGAUGAAGAUGACCAGAGUUCAGACUCUGAUUAUGAGGAAGAUAAUGAUGAGGACCAUCAGGUGGCGCAUAGCAAUAAAGGGGGCUUACCCAUGCAAAAGAAGAUGUGGUAUACAGCGGAUCACGAGGAUGCUGGUUUUGGGAACUCUUUGAGUGCACACGAAUGUAGCCGGAGGUCUAAUCCCCAUGGCAUCACACUAGAUAUCAACAAAGUUGUUCCAGAUGGAACCAGCUUGGCUUUGACACAGAAGGACUUAGUAUUGCAAUCUGCAGAGCUUGAAAAACAGUGCUUGAAAAUCGAAAAUGAGGCACUGGAGCUUGCAGAACAACGCCUCAAGUGGGAACUAUCCAGUAAAAUUAAGGACAAGGAACUGGAAAGGAUGAGGUCAGAUAACGAACAUAUGAAGAUUGAGAUUAAACGCUUAAAACUGGAGGUAAGGCGCAAAGAGUUAGAGCUUGAACUCAAGCUGAAAGGAAACGGCAGUCAUUCAUGACAUUUAUUUAGGCGAUCAAGAUUAGCCUGUAAGAUGGUAGCCGAUGGCUUCUGAUGUUAGCGUAGAAUACUGCCAGCAGGUCGCCCGUGCACUUCGCAAGAUCUCGUUUUGCAAGGAUUGGGUAUUUGAUGAGGCUUAUGAUCACCCCUUCAGUUUUUCUGUUUUUAUCGCAAUACAUUCUUUGCUAUAGUGGGCUUGUAGCAGUGACUCUGAGUUGUAAUUGAGUGGAUGGCUUGUGUUUGCUUACAAUAGAUAUCAAAUGCCAAUCGCUGUCGUAAGUUUUAUCUGGAUUUUGGUAAAACAGGUUCGGAUUGUUCAUCAAGAAUCCAAGUUGUAGUCAAAUUGAUAAUUCGAUUCAAUUUCAGAGAUUGAACUGGAA